UUAAUCAACUAAUUAAACCAUGCAAUGCCCCUCGGAGAGAAAACCAGGCGUCUACACAUACAUAGGCCACUGGCCAAUUUACUCCGUGGCAUGGUCCGUCCGCAGUGACAAAAGAUCACGCCUCGCCAUUGGGAGUUUCCUCGAAGACUACAGCAACAAGGUCGAACUCGUUCACUUCAACCUCCACACUUCCGAUUUCACCACCGACAGCCGCUUAGUUUUCGACCACCCUUAUGCUCCCACCAACCUAAUGUUCUUCCCUUCCGAGGACACCUCGAACCCCGACUUGAUCGCCACCUCCGGUGACUACCUUCGUCUUUGGGAAAUCCACGACGACCACAUCGAGCUUAAGACCUUGUUUAACGGCAACAGGAGUAACGAGUUCAAUUCCGCCAUAACUUCCUUCGACUGGGCCGAUUUCGAUACUCGUCACGUGGCCAGUUCGAGUGUCGACACUACUUGUACCAUAUGGGACAUUGAGAGGGAAGCCGUGAACAGUCAAUUAGUUGCACACGACAAGGAAGUGUUCGACAUCUCGUGGGGCGGAGUCAAUGUGUUCGCUUCGGUGUCCGGAGACGGCUCCGUGAGAGUGUUCGACUUGCGAGACAAGGAACGAUCGACGAUAAUUUACGAAAAUCCGGUCCCCGAGACUCCGUUGAUGAGGCUGGAGUGGAACAAGGCAGACCCUAGGUUCAUGGCAACAGUAGGUAUGGAUAGCAGUAAAAUUGUGAUAGUAGACAUCCGGUUUCCAACAACGCCGUUGAUGGAGUUAUGUAGGCAUGAAGGGGGUGUGAACGCCAUUUCGUGGUCGCCGUUCGUCGGAAAACAGCUUUGUUCCGCCGGAGAUGAUUCGAGGGCUUUAAUAUGGGAAGUGGUGGGAUCGAAUUUCGGAGUUGCAGAGGUGGAGCCAGAGAUGUGGUAUGGAUCCGCGGCUGAGAUCAAUCAUGCCCGAUGGUCUCGGUUGAAUUGGAUUGGAUUGCUAUUUCUUUCCUCAAUAAAUUGCAGCUUUUGAAAGUUUAAGAAAAUUUUAUGAGUUUAUUAAUUAGCAUAUUUUAACUUUGAGU